AUGGCGAGAGGAAGAAAGCCUAAGGAAGGGGGUGACUCAGCCGCAGGACCAGAAGCCGCCGGGACCCCACUUCGCGGCGACCUUCUUCACAAGGCUCUUGGGGAUGUCUCACGCACAGCCGACGGGAGCGGCUACGCAUUCACUCGACUAACAUGUUGUGGGAAAGGUGUAACUACGCUGCCAAGCGCUCUGCAACUCUACGUUCACCUCCGGUACAUAGAUAUAUCCAAUAACAAAAUUAGGGAUCUUUCCGCUUUCUCUAGGCUGCCCUACCUUCUGACGCUAAACGCAUCAGGGAAUAAUAUAGAAGACGUUUCAUGCCUAUCCUCUCCAGAGGCAUUACCCUACCUGUUCUUGCUGAAUCUCAGUAGUAACAAGAUAGCUAGGGCCCCCCAACUGCCUCUUCAGAGAUUGACUCGUCUGGCGCUUGAUGCGAAUCCGAUCACCACGCUAGAAGGAUUUGUACACCCGCCUUUGCUGACCCACUUGAGCCUUCGAGGAACUCCACUAGAAAACCUGGAUUCCCUUCCCCCUUCAGACACUAUAACAUCGCUUUACUUAGCGCACACCCCAAUGCAGCAACUGCGUCAGCUACAGAGACUGCCGCAAAUAAGAACUUUAGACCUAGAGGGAGUGCCGCUCCCUCCUGACCAGCUCCACAUUCUCGUCCUUCUCCCAAAGCUGAGGGAGCUGUCCCUGUCUUCUCCAGAUCAAUACGUGGACGACGAACACUUCAGGGCUGAGGUUCUCAGGGUCCUCCCUCGUCUGCAUUGGAUAAAUGGCCGUGGUGUAACGUCUAAUGAGUUGAAGGCAGCAAGGGCUCUGCGCGAAGCAACGUCCCAGCAAGAGAAAGAAAUAGGCCAGCGGUUAACAGAGCCGCCGGAAGAAGUCGAUGAGACAACAGACUCUUGA